AGGAUUAUGUUUGCUAUUUCAUCGAAAGUUGUAAAAUAGACUCAAAUUCUCGAAAAUUCUGCAGAAGUUGUCGAUUGAAAAAGUGUUUCGAUGUCGGAAUGCAAGAGUUGUCCCGCAAAUGAAUCGCAAAGAGAUCUCAUUAUCACCGACACUAUCCCGGACACUAUGACUGAUACUUUCAGCGAAGAAUUAAACAGUAGAUCACUGGACAUGGAUAUAGACUUUUACACACCAAACAUGGGUUACUCAGACAUUGAAAGCACCCAUAGUUCCUAUGAAUCCCAAUCGGCGGUCAUCGCGAUCGCCAAACCCAUCAACGAUUACGACAACAAUAACUUCAAUGAAAAUGAGAUGCAAUUCGUGAGUGAACUCAUAUCGGCUAUCAAUCACUUGAAGCGCAACUUAGUGGCCAUCACUGUCUGGGAGCCCACGAACUUCGAUGACUCCUUCAGACCACUGAUGUAUAAACACGAAGAAAGCAUUUCGUCAUUCGUGAAGACGUGUAAGAGUUUGAAGGCAUUCAAAGACAUCUGCGAAACGGACCAAAUGACACUUUUCAAGAGUGGGGGCAUUGAAGCCCUCAUUUUCUAUAGGUAUACCCGUUUUGAUUACGACAACGACUGGUGGAAAGUAGUCCUGGACACCGGCGAUGCAAUAAUAUUAAAAUUUGACAUGCUAAAACAACACCAUUUUAAGGGUUGGUAUCCGAUGUCCAGACGAGUCCUGCACUCAAUCAGACAUGUCCUGGAUCUAGAUCUUAACAUUAUAUACCUGUUACUGCCGAUAAUACUAUUUAACCCAGACCAACCAAAACUAAUACAUCCAGAGACUGUUAGGUUUCAACAGCAGUUAUACCUGUAUUUACUUCAGAGGUAUGGCUCUGAAUGUGACACCAAAUUAGCCCAGAUUUUGGACAUUAUACAAGACAUACGCCAAUUGACUGAUAUUCAUAAUCAAGACACUCGGCUAAAGGAUCCUAAAUUGUUGGGUCCAUUGCUUCGGGAGGUUCUCGACAUAGAGUUACCACCAGUGGAUCAAUACUCGUUGACUGUUUUAUAA